GCUCAGCUGAUUCCCAGAUUACGUUAAAAUCUAGAAGAUGGCGACUGCUGCGCCUUUACGGCCUCCACAGGGAAGUACACAUUCGUCCACGAGUUCGUCAUCGCCCAGCGUUCAUCGUAGAAUGCUUAAUCGAUCUGGUGUUAGUUGGACGGAUGAUUUACCAGUCUGUAAUUUGUCGGAUAUUGGAAUAGCUCCGAACGUUGUCUAUCUUCAGGAUGGUAAAACAAUGGAAGCUCAUCAGUAUGCCGACUUCUCUUUCAAUUUCAGGUCCGAUCACAACUGCUACCUCUAUGGAUUAUUUGACGGACACGACGGAGUAAAAGCCUCACAGUUUGCUGCAUCUCGACUUCCAGCGGAAUUAUUACUCGGACAAAUAAACCCAAACUAUAAUCCACCAGAUUCAUCAAUACGAAAAGUUUUAUAUCAAGCAUUUAGUAUUGUAGAAAGAGGCUUCUUUGAGUCUAUAGACGAUGCUCUUGCCAAAAAGACCUAUUUACAAUCUCAGAUUGACGAUCGGAUGCCAAUCGAAGCCGCUGCUAAAAGAUAUCCAGAUAUUUUCAAAAGAAUGAAAAACCUUGAUAAUGAGAUUAAAGGUGGAACGACAGCAGUGGUCGCCCUUAUUAUAAAUAACAAAUUAUUUGUCGCAAACGUCGGGGAAUGUCGAGCUUUACUUUGCCAACUUAACUCAAAGACUAAUCAUGUAGAGGUUCAACAAAUAAGUGUUGAUCAUAACCUGUAUCAAGCGCAAGAACAGGCAAGGUUAAAAAUGUUGGGAUUGAAUGUGGAGAAACUGCAAAAUAGAGGGAAAUUAGGUGUAAAUGAAUGUACUCGUUGUAUCGGUGAUUAUUCUGUAAAAGGCGGAUACAAAGAGAUUGAAUAUCUACGAGAUGCCACAAGUGAACCUUCUAUUUCCGAACCCUCAAUUACAGAAGGAAUUAUAAUAGAUGAAUAUCCAGGUUCUUUUCUAAUCCUCAUGUCAGACGAUUUAUACAAAUCUGUUCAGAAAUGUGCGAAGAACGUCGACCCCAAUGACUACAUUGCACAACUUACUUCAACAGAAAUAUUGAAACGUCAGUCUAUUGAAGGUGUGGCAGAGCAAGUCGUUGAAAAGAUUGCGUACAUGCACAAGUACUCUUAUGGAAAACAACCUAUGAUGUGUAGAGGAGACAUGACAUUGAUUGUACGAAACUUUACUCAUCCUGUCGGUACUACAACUCACCCUGUUGUCACACAUAAUAGUGAAACAUUCAAUGAUUUUCCGAUCACAGUUUCAGUACCUUAUUCCUACGCUGGGAUUCCGACGUGUGAGCGGCCAAACAUCAAACUAGUUAUGCCAAGCGCAGGAAUUUAUUCAACUCCUCACAAAGGAAUGGGGUCCUAUUCAUCAAGUACCCCGUCUGAUGACACGCCCACUAAUCUGAUUGGUGGGUCAACAUCUGGGAUCGAUACCGGAACGACAGAAGCUUUAUCAGGACCUCGGACAUCGAGUCGAACCCAUAGUUUAUUACUCGCAGAAGAUGACAGGGCUGAUGACUUCAAUGAAGAAGAUUUUUUUAGGCCUGACCAAAGUGAAAGUAUGGAAUUAGACACUGACGGCCGGGUCGUGUCGUACAUCAAAUUUGAUAGUUUUUAUAAAGAGUGGAACCGGCAUAACACAAACAAUUCUAAUGUAAAAAGUAGGGUAGCUUGGAUGAAUAAAAGGUGACAGAAUCCUGGUUAAUCAAGUGGAACAAAAUUCCGAACCGAAAGUGGUGGAGCUGAACCAAGGGUGUGAAACAGAUAAAAAUGCGGACGAUGCGUGACGUUGCGGUAUUGGCACAUUCCCUUUUAGUUGAAAUUAUUCUGUAAGAUCGCACUUCAUUGAGUUUUGAACUGAUAGAUUUCUGACUUUGCAGCAGAAUAAACAAUUCCUGGAGGUCUUUGUACUCAUCAGUGGGUUGUUGUUAUCUAUGUCAUUCCACUUCAUCAUGAAUCUGACUUAUAAUCAUUGAAGUGUGACAUUGCAGCAUUGCCACUCUUGAUUAGAAUUAAAUUAUUUUGACAAUUAAUGCUUCAGUAAUCUUUACUCCUCAGAAAUGUCAGAAUUCACAACGAAGCAUGCAGUUGCAGCAUUACACUAUUAAAAUGAAUUUAAUUAUGUCCAGUGAUGCUUUAUUGGUGAUUUCAUCGGGCGAAUUCACAAUAAACUUGAAGUGUAACCUACUAGCAUGAAUACCCUUCAGGAAUGAAAUUAUCCACACUAUUUAUGCACCAUUGCUUGGCAUCAAGCCUCAAUUUUACAUUAUUUCAAUACGAGUGUGACCUUACAGCAGGAGUCGGCAACCUACCGCGGUAAUACAAUCCGCCCCACAACGCUUCACUGAAUUAUAGUUACAGAACAGCUGUUUUGACGAUUAUAUAUUCUUUACGUAACAGAAUUGACGCGUGUAGACUAAAUUUUAUUAUAAUCUAACAUAGAUAAAAUUCACAAUUACUUGUUUAAUUAGCCUAUGAUUUAAUUAUAAUUUGACAAAUGGCAACAAAACGCAAAAAGUUGAUGCUAAUUGCAAAGCGUUCAAUGGUGCCGAAAGUCUUCGAAAGGAUUUUUUCGAGAUGCAAUGCAAUGUCACUGCUUAAUUUUUAUUAUAAAAAGUAUCAUCCGUUCGGUUUUCAACUUUCUAAAAAAUGUGCGGCCCGCAAAUGACUUGCAACCCUUAUUUUAGCCCGCCAGCGACAAAAGGUUGCCGACCCCUGCCAUACAGCAAUGUAGGUACUCUUUUAAGAUUAAAAUAUUCCGACCAGUUAUGCUUCAUUAGUUCCUGUUCAUUGUGCGGAUCCAUUGAAAUCAGUAACUAUUGCAUUCCAAUUAUUUUUUUUUUUACGAUACCAAAGACUAAAGGCUAAUUAAAAAUAUAUUUGCGCGUCAAAUCAGGGAAAAUCUACACUAGAUCCAUUUUCCGAGCCAUUCAAAAAACGACUCCAGCUCUUUGUUGACAAAUUUUUACUACAGCACUCAAAACAAAAACAAAAAUUUGGCGUAUGCUUGUCAUCUUUCAUUUUGGAAUACACGAAUUAGAAUAAUAACAAUUGUUUCUUAUGCUGAACAAGUUCUGAUAGUCGAACACCAAUUCGGAACGAUUUAUGUUCGGCUACAGAGGUGUCCCUGCAUUUAAACUAUAAUCUGUUUUUCAGAAGUACUGGCUCUAACAGCUUCAUUUUCAAGAUUAAAAAAUCUUUUUUGGGUCUUUUCACUACUCUUCCGGUUCACAA